GCGAGGUUUGGCCCUGGAACGCACUGCUUUUUUUAUUUAAGUAUUUCCAUUUAAUCACGACCAAACAGGGUCCCCUCCUUCUAUAUUUUUAUUUCUCAUAUUUGGAAACCACACAACCUACAAAACUGACGUUCCUUCGGUGAAGGUAUGAUCGUUAAAUCUUGUCAGCAUUUAACUUUAGGUUUGGCUAGCUAGCCGGUUAACGUUAACCGUUCUAAAAUGGCUUCCGAAUGUUAGCCUAGCUAGCUAGCCACUAGCGUUCCAUGCAAUGUGGCGUUUCGUGCGUAUGCUAACUGGUUAGCAGGCUAUAAGCUAACUAGCAUUUUAACUACAAUUUAUCUCGACACAUUAGCAGAAAAUGGCGUCCUGCCAUUGGGAAUAUACAACUAAUAUUAAGCACUUGCCACACAGAACCGGCAUAUUGUUAUUUUCAUUUAAAAGAACGAUAGCUGCUAGCUAAUAAGCUUAGUAAAUGUUGAUAUCGUAUCACAAGACAGCUGACAAUAAUAAUGUUGAAGGUGAUAUGACUGCUUGCUAACUAGCUAGCCAGCUAACGUAGCUAACUAAUCCACCACAUCCAACAGGUAUUGAGGAAAUGAUGAGCUAGCUACCGGUAGCUUUAAUUAGCUAACUAGUUAACGUUAGUUAUUAUUAAUAAACUGAUACCACGUUUGAUCAAAACAGCCAUGGGAUGGCUAAGUUAACCAUGCCAUUGAUUCGGAAUCUCAGCAUUACAAUGUACUUGUCAAUUGUGUCUAGCUAGGCAAGUUAGCUAAAUGAGUCAGAUAUAGCUAGCUAGCCUAACGUUAGCUACUAGCCAUUUACAACAAAGGAUGUGUAGCUUCGAGUGAAACUAGCUAACGUUAGCUAGCUUUGUGCUGUAUUCUAGCUCUAUGCUGUAGCAGGAAGUGUAUGCCAUGCGUCAAUGUAUUCUUAAUUUACUUUGUACUGUAAAAAGGCUUUUCUUUCUUCAGGUCGCUUUUGCCUACCCCCACCCUUUGAAUAUUAUUAUUUUCGUGAUUCAUUGUUGUCAAGCCGCCAAAGUGGAGAGUGUGAUUGCAGAAGGGGGUGCUUCUCGUUUCAGGUAAGAUUGUAAUUUGUUUCAGUCUAAAUGCAACUUGUGUCUCAUGGGUCGUCGUUUUACUUCCUACUGAUAUCCUUGACAUAGUGUAGAAUAGAUUAUAGCUUUAAUAGUCCUAGCUAUGUCCUUUUGUUCACAUUAUUCUUCGAGUAAAUAAUAUUUGUUCCACAGUGCUUCUUCGGGUGGGGGAGGAGGUAGGGGUGCCUCUCAACACCAUCCCAAGACUGUCGGCAACAGGUACUAUUCAAGCCAUUUUACCACAACUUAAUGUUACUCAAAACAUUCUUACUUCAGAUGUCACUAAUGCUGUUGUUAAUUGCAGCGAGUUCCUGGGGAAAGCCCCAGGAUCUAGCGUUCAGAGAUGGGUUCCUUCACGAAGCACUAGACGAGAUGCCAAUGCCUCCAAUGAAAAAGAACGACAUGAUGCAAUCUUCAGGAAAGUGAGAGGGUAUGUAUCCCUUAAUAAAUUGUGGCAAAAUACAUUCGAUACAAAGACAAAUGUAAUCUUGUAAGCUGGUUGCACCACAUAGAAGGAAAAAAAAGCUAUCCGAUAUCAUUGGUUCAUUUGCAAGUCUGCUGAUUUCAGUGAAUAUGUGUUACAGUGGUGCUAUUUUCUAACACAAGAUAAUGCCUUGUGUCUUCAAAAUGAAGUAUUUUUCAUCUUAUGUUUCCUAUUCUUUCCAUCCUCAGCAUACUUAAUAAACUGACCCCCGAGAAGUUUGACAAGCUAUGCCUUGAGCUCCUGAAUGUGGGCGUAGAUUCAAAACUCGUCCUAAAAGGAGUAAUCUUGCUGGUAAUUUAAACAUCUAUUUCUCAGCUCUGUGUGCAUUCAUGUUUAUUAUUGAUCGAGUGGAAAAUGGCUAUAUUGUUCAGUGUACAUCACCCCUUUUUCAAACAGAUUGUUGACAAAGCCCUUGAAGAGCCCAAGUAUAGUUCGCUUUAUGCACAGCUAUGUCUGCGCUUGGCAGAGGACGCACCGAACUUUGACGGCCCAUCGCCAGAGAUCCAAACGUCACAAAAACAAAGCACCGUAAGCGUCUUUGUCAUCCUCAUCAAAGAUUGAUUACUACCAUUAUAGACAAUGGUAUCACAGGGUUAAACAACAAUGUGAUUAAUCUCGUUUUGGUGUUUUUCCCCCCAUCUAAUCUUUUCAUUUGGCAACAAUGUGUGUUUUGCAGACAUUCAGGAGACUUUUGAUUUCUAAGCUUCAAGAUGAAUUUGAGAACCGUGCCAGAAAUGUUGAAAGUGAGUAAACAUUUGAAAAAUGUGCCUAUGUUCUGUGCCCUGUGUGGUUGACUGUGUUAACCGUUGCUCUUUUCUAUUCCCUCAGUCUAUGACAAACAUGACAACCCUCUUACCUCUGAGGAAGAGGAGCAGCAUGCCAUUGCCAAGUUUAAGAUGCUGGGCAAUAUCAAAUUCAUUGGGGAACUUGGCAAACUCGAUCUUAUCCAUGAAUCUAUCCUUCAUAAGUGCAUCAAAACAGUAAGUCUAAUACAUUAGCACUGUUUUCAUAUAGUUAAACCAUAUGAAAUGCAUGUUAACUAAUCUUGCGUCUUUUAUUUCAGCUUUUGGAAAAGAAGAAGAGAGUCCAACUUAAGGAUAUGGGGGAAGAUUUGGAGUGCCUCUGUCAGAUAAUGAGAACAGUGGGGCCUAGACUCGAUCAUGAAAAGGCUAGGGUAAGCAUAUACUCUUGAGUCAUUUUAUCUAGUAUCUUAAUAUUAUUUUCCAUUUGGGCAUGACUAAUUGGUUUCUCUUGCAGUCUUUAAUGGAUCAGUACUUUGGCCGUAUGAAAUCCUUAAUGAACAACAAGGACUUGCCGGCAAGGAUUCGUUUCCUAGUGCAGGAUUCCGUGGAGUUGCGAGAGAACAAUUGGGUGGCUCGCAAAGCUUUUAUCGAUAAUGGACCAAAGACGAUGAACCAGAUUCGUCAGGAAGCAGUAAAAGUUAGUUAACCAUUCUUUGUGUUAAGUGCAGACAAAUCUUAUGAAUCUGUAAUGCCACGGCGUGUCUUAAUACAUGUCUGCUUUGUGUCUUGCAGGAUUUGGGUGUUUUUAUUCCACCAAUGGCCCAGGGAAUGAGGACUGACUUCUUUUUGGAGGGGCCCUUCAUGCCUAGGAUGAAACUUGACAGGGAAACUCUUGGAGGGUUGGCGGAUAUGUUUGGACAGAUGCCAGGUACAUCCAUGACAUGCUCUUGAGUAGUUUGAGCUUAUUGCUGUCUCUCGAGUCCUGUUGUCCAACAUUUAACGUGUGUCCUGGCUACUAGGGAGUGGAAUCGGCACAGGCCCUGGAGUGAUUCAGGACCGGUAUUCGCCCACCAUGGGCCGUCACCGCACCAACCCACUCUUCAACGGCCACAGUGGGCACACAGCCCCUGCUACCCAGUCUCAGUUCGAGAUGGGAGGCAAGCCCUUCAUCAAAUCUAACCAGGUGAAAGUUGUACCCUUUACUAAAAGCAGUCAUUUUUUAGUGUUCUUGAACUGCUCAAAUCUUGAUGGAUAUGGCAUUGCAUCCAAAGUAAUUUCAAACAUUUCUCAGGGGCAGAAUCCAAUUUUCCAGAACCAGAAUCACUCACAGCAACAUCAGGCUCAGUCUAAGGACAUGGCACCGCGUUUCAUCAAGAAAGGAUCGCUCAACGCUGAUGAGGUACAACACCUGGUAGAUACCCACUCUUUUAAACCACCGUUUGCACAGGCAACAAGCCUAAAUACUUUAAUGCAAGAGAUGAGAACGAUGCAUAAUACCCUCUAUUCCCCCUCUUAGAUCAGUCUAAGGCCAGCACAGUCAUUCCUUCUCAACACAAACCAAGUGCCAAAGUUGCAGCCGCAGAUACCAACAAUGAUUCCUCCAAGUGCUCAACCUCCACGCACUCAAACGCCACCACUGGGACAGGUAAAGAAAAACAUGCAUACCGCUUUUAUAGCAUUCAGCUGGGGUUUAUGCUUAUCUAAAGUCUGUGCCCACUCUAAACGGUCCUAUCAUUUCUCAGCCUCCUCUACUUGGUCUGAAAACCAACCCUCCUCCAAUUCAGGAAAAACCUCCAAAGACCACCAAGAAACCGCCUCCUGCAAAGGAAGAGUUGCUUAAGAUGACCGUAUGUUCCACUUCACUAUCUCAGCCACUCUCUCAAGUUAUACUUUUUGCCCCACAGAGGAAAUUUGAAAGCUAACAGUCUUUGUCCAUAUUAUAUCUUAUCAGGAGACCAUAGUGACUGAUUACCUGAACAGCAAAAACAUUGAUGAAGCUGUGAAAGGUGUAAGAGAGAUGAAGGCUCCCAAACACUUCCUGCCUGAGAUGUUGAGCAAGAUCGUGAUCUGUUCUCUUGACUGCCCAGACGAAGACAAGGAGCACGCCAGCACCUUGAUCCACACACUCCGCACCGAGGGCCUUGUUACUGGGGAGAGCUUCAUGCAGGUCAGUCUUCCAGUCAUGGCAAAGGAAGAGCUUUUGUUGUAAGAUAUCAAAGGGUGUACUGUUGAGUGAAUUUACUCACCACAUGCCUCUUUUUUUUUUUUUUUUUUUUAAACAGGCUUUCCUCAGUGUUCUGGACCAGUGUCCCAAGAUCGAAGUGGACGUUCCUCUUGUGAAGUCCUACCUGGCCCAGUUUGCGGCGCGAGCCAUCAUCGCAGAGCUGGUGAGCAUGGAUGAGCUGGCCCACCCUCUGGAGAACGGCACCCACUUCCCCCUCUUCCUGCUUUGUCUGCAACAGACUGCCAAGCUGAAGGACCGCGAGUGGCUCACUGAUCUAUUCCAGCAAAGCAAGGUCAACAUGCAGAAGAUGCUGCCUGGUAUGUCAACAUCUCCUCAAACCUUAGCCUAGAAAGCUCUCAUGUUUUCACAUUUGAACAUGAUUGUUGUGAUUUUUACAUUUGCCAAAACUCACAUCUGCAGAAAUCGACCAAAACAAGGAUCGCAUGCUGGAAAUCUUGGAGGGCAAAGGCCUGAGCUUCUUAUUCCCUCUCAUGAAGCUGGAAAAGGAACUGCUGAAGCAGAUCAAAGCAGACCCUUCUCCCCAGUCCAUCUACAAGUGGAUCAAGGACAAUAUCUCCCCCAAGCUCCACACUGACAAGGGCUUCGUCAACAUCCUCAUGACCAGGUAUGGGGAAAGGGCCAAUGCCCACAUUGCGGAGUGGGUAUGCAUCUUGAGAUGACUUAUGUUAAGACUUGGUCUAAAUCCCCCCCCCCCCCCCACCCAGUUUCUUGCAGUACAUUGCCCAAGAGAUAAAUGCCAGUGAGGAAGAAGACCAGUUAUCAGCCCCCACUAAAGAACAGCUGGACCAGGAGAAGCUGCUGCUGCUGGCCUUCAAGCCAGUGAUGCAGAAGUUCCUGCAUGAUCACCAGGACCUGCAAGUCAGUGCCCUCUAUGCACUGCAGGUCCACUGCAACGCUAACGCUUUCCCUAAAGGUACGUACGGGUCACAGGCCCAAAUUAUUACUUGGAUCAAUUUGAAUGCAAACACAUUUACCUCGAAGGGUCUUGUUUUUGUUCAAAACAUGUUUUUAAAUAUAGAUUAUUUCUCUCUAGGCAUGUUACUGCGCUAUUUUGUCCACUUCUACGAUAUGGAAAUCAUUGAAGAAGAAGCCUUCCUUGCAUGGAAAGAAGACAUAACUCAAGAGUUUCCUGGAAAGGGAAAAGCAUUAUUCCAGGUAAAUAGAUUUAUACUCCCAGAUAAUGUGUAUUGCAACUCACACCAUUGCAGGUGCAUACCAAACUGGCUUUUUUUAUUAGGCUAUAAAUGUAUUACCCAUGUCUGUGGUGCAUCUCUGUUUGGGCUCAUGGUAUGUUCUCUCUCCCUGUGAAGGUGAACCAGUGGCUGACCUGGCUGGAGACUGCUGAGGAAGAGGAGUCUGAGGAGGAAGCUGACUGAAGAACCAGCCAAAAGCCUUAUGGUGCAAAAACGCUAUUGAUAUAAUACUGCUUUUUUUGUUUCCUUCCCCAUCUCCCCUAUCCCAUUAUGAUAUGCAUACCUAACCACUGCAACAUUUCAUUCCGCUAUCAAGUUUUUGGCCAUGUUAAGCCAAUGCAUGUUACGUUUUUUUCCCCCUUUUUGGCUCUUUUCUAGCGCUUAAGCGUAUAAUGGUUUGCCAUCUGUUUUAAGAGCCCCUUUUUAAGAUCAAUGGUAUUAGCAGCUUUGAAUCUAGACCUUGGUUUUUCUUCAAGACAAUUGAAUUGCAAGGGCCUUGUUCCUGCUGCUGAAUUCUAUGCUCUUUUUUUUUUUUUACCAAUUAGCAACACUGUAGAGAUGCACUUUGCUCAACGUCAUACGUGAGUCGUUGCAAUAUUCACUCAUCUCUUGAUUGUUAUAAAGAAUCCUCAACUGUAAUCAUUGGUUACCAUAACAUUAAUGGUUUAUAUUUGCUUGUGUUUCUACCUCCUCAUUAUGGGCUUCAUGUGCUGGGUUUGAAUUACUUCAUGUCCCCAAUUCAAAUAAACGCUUAGUCUGGACUAAUGCAUAAGUCUGUAAUAAAAACAACUUUUACUUGCACAAUAAUAUCCUGAUUGUAAGAAUUCAAAUUCAGCCCUUUUUUAAGUGCUUUUUGUGGAUGUGUGGCACAUCACCUGGGAGAGAUGAAAUUAUGCGGCCUUGUUAAUUUAUCAACCCUCUUUGCUGUGUACCUCCCUCUGUAUCUGUCAAACAUUGUGAUACUUGAAUUCCUAAUUUCUUUACAGGGAACUACCAAACAAUGGGUGAGUUGGUUUUGCAUGGCUCGGUGCCCCGGGUGGGUGGGGAUUUCACUUAGGACCAAUGGAAUGGUCUAAAAUUUGUUAACUAGCCCACCGGGGGCCUCGGCCCAUGCAAAACGAACUUACACAUGGUCUGUUCUCAUGCAACAAUUUUCAAACUACGCAGAAGUGCAACAU